GUGGGGUCCGGCUCGCCCCGGCCAGGCGCGGGGGAAGGGGGUCAUCCGGAACCAUUGCUCCGGGCCGCGGGGUGUUACAGCGAUCCGCGCCCCCCGGGAGCAUGGCCAGCAACAGCAUGGCGGACCCCCGGCGGCCCAACAAGGUGCUGAGGUACAAGCCUCCGUCUACAGAGAACAACCCCACGCUGGAAGAUCCCACUCCAGAUUACAUGAACCUGUUGGGGAUGAUUUUCAGCAUGUGUGGCUUAAUGCUUAAGCUGAAGUGGUGUGCUUGGAUUGCUGUCUAUUGCUCCUUCAUUAGCUUUGCCAACUCCAGAAGCUCAGAGGACACCAAACAGAUGAUGAGCAGCUUCAUGUUGUCUAUCUCUGCUGUGGUGAUGUCCUAUCUACAGAAUCCCCAACCCAUGUCCCCGCCUUGGUGAAGAGAUUAGCACAACUCCUU